UCUUCAAGUUCUCUGGUACAAGAUCCGAGUUAUCCCCGUGGUCUUCCCCUAACCGAUAUCCUCGAACGAUAUCGUCAGACCCUCCAAUCAUUUACUAUCGGAGUGAAAAAUCUGGAUGGAUGUACUUCAUCCAUUAAAUUUCCACUAUGGAGCGACUUUCCCAAGUUGGAAGAGCUGGUUAUCGACAGGCGAUGGGUUAUAAACAUCCACCCACUUCCUUCAGGGCAUCCGUUACAGAAGCUAGAGGCGCACGUUGACUCAUUGAGCGCCAUCCCUUCCCUUAUAAAAGGGGGUAAUAUGAAAGAAAUUAUCCUAAAGCGGACUCGUCGGACAAGUGACGGAGAACCACCAGAAAAGAAUGAAGGGUUGGCCACAGAUAAAAUAGAAGUAGAGCGACUAUUAGAACAAUCAAAGGAUCGAGGAAUCACUUUUGAAAUUACUUUAGGUUUGGGAGUACUUAGGCCAAAACUGAUCAACAUCACCAAAGG